AGGAAAUUGGAACAGACACGACCACCGCCGCCGCCGCAUUCCCCGCAGAGGCAGCAGCAUCAGGCGCCGCCGGCAGCCGUGCUUCACCGCCGCAUCGUCUUCUCCUCCUCCUCCUCAGCUUCUCGCGUCGUGUGCUGAUGGGCGUGGAACCGGCGCAGCCAACCCCCGCGGCGGCCGCGGCGACCACCGCUGAGCAGGCUCAGGAUCUCAUCGACGCCGCUAGGUACGAUGACUUGGAGGACGUUGUCACCCUGUUCUCCGCUGGCGUUUCCCUGGACUCAACAGAUUCGCAAGGCCGUACAGCUCUUCAUAUGGCUUCUGCCAAUGGCCAUCUUGCUGUGGUGGAAUACUUGAUUCAAAAUGGAGCAAAUGUUAAUGCCACAAACUUGGAGAAGAACACACCCCUCCACUGGGCAUGCCUCAAUGGACAUAUAGAGGUAAUCAAGGCUUUGAUAUCUGCUGGCGCUAGUGUGAGUGCUCUGAACAGCCAUGAGAAAACCCCUAUGGAUGAAGCGGUGACCAAAGGCAAGAUGGAUGUGAUCGAUGCAAUCGGUGCAGCAGUAGCCCAAGCCGAGCUUGAUGGUGUUACUGUAUCCUAAAAGGACUUGAUGAGUACCUGGAGCUAUGAAUGACUUGCAACCUUGCUCUUAUCUCUCAGUAGUUCUGUCCAUUUCACUUUUGAUUCUGAUGGGCCUUUUAUCUGGGCAAUAUGGUAACUUAGCCUUUGCCAUGAGUUGAAAUUAUCAUAUGUGUCGGCAAUCGCCUGUUAGUGUCAGUGACAUGAGACCAUGGAAGGCGAACCUGUCCUUGUAAACCAGAUGUGCAGAUGUCAAAGAUAUGGAUUUUCUCCUAUUAUGCUGCAAGCGUCUUGCUUGUUGUGGUGGACUACUUUCGUUUUCCUUGGAGUUCCCUGGCUCCUAGUUCUAGUGAUUCCAACCUUUAUUGCCUUGAAA